CUUAAAUUAAUUUCUCAACACUAAUAAACCAAUUUCUAUCGUUUUCCAACACAAACCAUAGAAACAUGCUGGACCGAUUGAAAUUCAAUAAUUUGGUAAUAACCAACAAAAAAGUAAUUCAGAAAGCUCGCGCCCAAACCAUUGCCAAGCUCAUUCAAAAGUUGAGAAAGUCAAAAGAUGCCUUGGCCAAACAUCCAGAUGCCGAGAAGGAAAAAACUCGUCUACGGAAAAACACAGAGUGCUUGGCCCAGCUAAAAGCACUCAAGUGCCUUGACAUUGUCCGACAAUCCCUGCUUCAGGAAGGCACCAACCCCAACACAGUUAUUGCCAGCGAGCGCUCAACUCCCGACGAACUAGGAAUCGCCAUGCUGCGGCUUAACAAACUCAUGCACGGUCUGGUGGAUAAGUUUAUGGAUGCUCUGGAGCUAAAAAGCGACAAGGACGCGAAGUGGCGAGAGGAAAUCCUAGAGUCAAGCAAGCGGAGGGCAAAGCAGGAACGCACUGAAGAGAAGAAGCGGAAGCGAAAAGAGCUGAAGGAGCAGAAAGCUCAGACCAAAAACAGACUGGAGUGGCUGGAACAAAAUAAAGUACAAAAUGGAGACAGCUUAGAGGUAGAAGUCCCUGCGGCUCCUGAAGUCAAACAGCAAGAACCAGAUUUACCAGCAAAAAUAGAACCGACAGCCCCUAAAGUUAUUCCGAAAAAAGAACCUAGAAAAAAAACGGAAAAGAAGGAAAGAAUUGUUAGAGAGAAGCCCCAGAGGAAGGUUAAACCAACCGAAAAUAAACAAACUGUUCGUGAUCACAAUGCUGAAAAGCGUCCUCGACGAGAGACUAAACAAAGCGAGGAAAAAGAACCAAAGCCUGAGAAGGAUCGCCCCACCCACGUAGUGGACCCAUUCUUUAUCACGGAAUCCGGGCAGCCUUAUUUGUCCACCGCUGUGGUUCUCGAUGAGAACAAUGAUAGGGAAGCUGACGAGAAGCCUCCCAUAAACAAAUUUAGAAACGAAGAUAGAACUUCGUACCAAAAAAGACCUGAAAGACACACUGAGUUUAGGCCAAAGAGAACGGAUGACCGUCAUCCUUCCUGGCUAGCCAAGCAACAACAAAAACCAGUUAUCGGAGAUUUCAGAGGUAAAAAGAUCAAGUUCAGUGAGACUGGAGAAACUUCCGAAACGAGUGCUCCCAUCCACAAUUCCCAACCGUCACUGGCCACCCCAGCUUCCACCGAAGGCAUGCAUCCCUCCUGGGUUGCUAAGCAAAAAUGGAAGCCCAAAAUAGCUGCCUUCCAGGGCACUAAGAUUAAGUUUGACGAAUAAACAAUUGGAUAAAA